CUAGGGCAAGCGAAUAUCCACCCAAAGAGAGGGGGAAAAGAUGAUUCAAGAGCUGUUGGGGAGUCCUGCACUUAUAGGAGAGAGGAAAAUCUCCAUGAGCCAUGGCGCGGUCAUUUUAGAGGGCAUGCCUUCUCCUUCUCCUUGCUUCUCUCCGUCUCCCACGCCUUCGCCUUCUUCUUCCUCCUCCUCCGCCAUCGCGAAGGCGGCGACGCAAGCGGCGGCGGCAGCAGCAACCACCGCUAACGGGACUUCGACAGCGACAAACUCAUCGAAUCCCGAGAACCUGAGGUGCCCGCGCUGUGAUUCUUCGAAUACCAAGUUUUGCUACUACAACAACUACAACCUCACGCAGCCUCGCCACUUCUGUAAGACGUGCCGCCGCUAUUGGACAAAAGGGGGAGCCCUAAGGAACGUUCCUAUAGGAGGAGGAUGCCGCAAGAAUAAGAGCUCAGCUGUGUCGUCCUCUGUCUCCAAAUCAAGCGCCUCCAAGUUCAAGAACCUGUCAUCUGAGAUUGGACGGUCGAGUUUCAUCGGUGCUUUCGAUCCCGAAAUCCCGCCGAGCCCGGUCCUUUGGGCCUCCCCCCAGAAUUCCCACAUCCUGGCCCUCCUGAGAGCCAAUCAGAACCCUAACCCUAAUAGCCUUGGUCACCAAGCCUCUCCCUUCGUGACUCUGAAGGAAGAGACCAAUCUGAUGGGAACCCACAUGAUGCCUGAGCCAGGAAUUGCAGACGGUGCAAUGAAUAAUGCAAGAAACCUGGGCAUGAUUGACCCUCUCAUUCACGUUUCUUCCUCUUGCACCACCUUCUUGAGAGGCAACCAUCAACAAGUCCCACACCAACUCAACCUUCACCAACAAAAUGGAAUCAUCCUCAGCGGUGAAGUUCAAAACUCCGGGAUACAAUCGCUAUACCAAAGGCUCAGAGCUUCCACAGGUAACAAUUAUGGUUACAGUGAGCACUCGCCGGCAAUUCUAAGCAACAUGGCGAGUACCCCGCCAUUGUCGUCUUCCCUGUCCUCAUCCAUUUUAGAGUCAGUCCCAGCCACGGCGACAAGCGAACUCGGGUACUGGAACCCGGCUUUCUAUGUGUCGGAUCUUCCCACCACGAAUGGUUCAUAUCCUUAGAGACAAAUCACACUCUUUCUAAUUAAUUUUAUGCAUGCCACUUCAUCUUCUCCGUCUUCACAAAAUUAGCUUAGCACAGGGUUGUGAUAGUUUCUUCUCUGCUUUUCUUUGGUGGUUGUGUGGUUUAAUGAGCUAGACUUCAGCGUCAGCUCUCUAAAGCUAUAUAUGCAAAUUUCAUUAGUUCUGUCAACUUUUCUCUACUAGUGUGGUGUGUGCUUAGUGCUCUUUUGUCGUGUGUCCAACUUCUGGGGUUGUACCAAGGAACCAAGAAAUCUAGAAAUGAAAAAUUCAAGUGUUUCUUUGAGGUUGGA